UGAGAGGAGCCGGGCUCCAUGGAGCGCAGACCACCCAACAUGACGGUGUCCCCCACACCUGAAUAUCCAGGAUAUGGUUCUGACAAUUCAACGCAGAUUAGGAAAAGUGGUAGUUCAUCUGGAAGCCUUGACUUUUAUGGCUGGAUGAACAUCCUCUCUCUGCUCAUUGCCCUGCUUGGGCUGGUCGGGAACGGCGCCGUCCUGUGGCUCCUGGGCUUCCGCAUCCGGAGGAACCCCUUCUCCGUCUAUAUCCUCAACCUGGCGGUGGCCGACGCCCUCUUCCUUUGUGGCUCCUUUCUGAUCGGUAUAGAUACAAUUUUUAGAUAUAUUUUUUAUGGUUUAACAUGGACAAUACUGCUCUUCCUCAGAUACAUCCCCUACGCUGCGGGCCUGAGCCUCCUGGCCGCGAUCAGCACCGAGCGCUGUCUCUCCGCGCUCUUCCCCAUCUGGUACCGAUGUCGCCGCCCCAAAUACACGUCGGCCGCGGUCUGCGCUGUCCUCUGGGCUCUGGCCGGGAUGCACACGUUAAUAAUUUUUGUCUUUUGGGAAUAUUUUUUUUCUCCAUGUAACAACUUAGUCAUCAUCUUUGAGGUUGGGUAUUUCCUCCUCCUCAUGUGUGUGAUGUGCGUGUCCAGCCUGACUCUGCUGCUGAGGGUCCAGUGCAGCUCCCGGCGCCGGCAGCCGCCCAGGCUCUACCUCCUGGUCCUGCUCACGGUCCUCGUGUUCCUGCUCUGCGGCCUGCCCUGGGGGGUUGGGGAUUUCAUGCCUUUUUACUCCAAGGUAGGCCUCAUGCGUGUUUGGCUCCAUGACCUCCUGGCCUGUGUGAACAGCAGUGUGAACCCCCUCAUUUACUUCUUCGUGGGCAGACUAGGGAAUAAGCGGAGGGAGCCUCUCAGGGUGGUGCUCCAGAGGGCCCUUGGGGAUGAGCAGGAGAUAGGAGGAGGGACAACAAACACCCCCCACACCAGCAGCCAGGAGACUACACUCUGAGCCUAAGAGCAAAAUGUUGAGACACAGCAGUCCUUGAAAUGGGCCCCCUGCCCCAGAUCCACUAGCAGUUCGCCUCUCCCUGAGAAGAAAAUCAGGAUUCUCCUUCCAUUAUUUAUGUGGAUGCCUAAGAUGUGAACUCUAGGUGAUGAACAAUUAAUAGGUGCUUAUUGUAUACCAGGCAGCUGGAUAUUGAAAAAGGAUAGAACUCCAAGGCCUGGAAUGGGAAGAACUGAGAUCACAUCUAGUCUGAGAAACUAGCUGUAUAACCCUUGCACAAGUCACUCAACUC